AUGGGCUUAUCUACAACCUGUCAAAUUGAGAUUUGUAUCUCCGCACUAUACUCCGUAGAUCUUAAAGCCAUGGCGGGAGGGCUGAGUAACAAGGGGCCAGACGAGGCGAAGAGCCGUCAGGCCAACAGCCGACGACCCCUCCCCCACACCCAGUAA